ACUAUAAAAUUGAAGUGGCAACCUUGAUCUCUAACCUUUUUUGAAGGUUAGAUUUAUAGAUUUAUAAAAAAUACAGAAAGAAAAAGGAAAAUUCCUUUUUUUCAAAAAAAGUGUUGCACUCUUUCUAUUUCUCAUAAUUUCUUGUCAUAAACAAAACCAGUCAAACUCGUAAAGUCAGCGAAGCUAUUCUGAUCCGAAAAAUGGCCCUACCGCCUAGAGAAUCUGGAAAAUACAUCGCCGAACGUGCAAAACACAUAUCAAUUGUUGAGGAAGGCGUGGAUGCGCUAGCGGACCUACUAGUGGAAGAAUACAAGGCUGGUAGAUUGGGUUCCGAAAACUUCUACGAGUGCAGCCUCCAUCCGCACCCGAACGAUCCACAAGCCUUGAACUGGCUGAUUGUUGUCGAUACCUUAAAUUUUUGCUUUUGGCAUGACGAAUCCGAAGAGGGAUGGAAAGUCGAAGGGCACACUGGAUACUUCGCUCUCUGCGCUGCUAUUACUAGAGCUCGAAAAGAAGAGCCAGAAUUUCUCAAUCCCGCCUAUUACGCAGCAAUUUCCGAGCUCCAGCUGAAGAAAAUUCUCAGAAGUGACACAAAAUCUCAGUGCCCGUUGAUAACAGAGAGAGUGAAAUGCCUGCAAGAAGUGGGGAAUGUUCUGAACGAGAAAUUUCAAGGUUCCUUCGAAAAUGUCGUCAAAGAAUCCAACAGAAGUGCCGUGAAACUCAUGAACCUGGUAGUAGAUAACUUUCCAUGUUUCAGAGACGAAGCGACAUUCCAAGGUCAGAAAGUUAGUUUCUAUAAGAGAGCCCAGAUCUUGGUAGGCGACAUCUGGGCGUGUUUCCGAAGUAAGGGUAUCGGGUACUUUGAAGACAUCUAUGAAAUCACCGCUUUCGCUGAUUACAGGGUUCCUCAGUCUCUGAUGUGGCAUGGAAUUUUAAAGUACAGUGCACAGUUGAAUGAGGUAUUGAACAGCAAUGUCGUUUUGGAAAAUGGCGAUGAAAGAGAAGUGGAGAUCAGAGGCUGCUGUAUUCAUGCAGUGGAACUUUUAAAGGAGAGAGUGAAUAAAAACCUUGGGAAGCUAAGAGUCACUUCCAUAGUUAUCGAUCAUUGGCUGUGGAAAUUUAGGAGAGAUCAUUCCAAACAAGUAUUGAAACGAAAAAUACCAUUCCACAAAACAUUCAGCAUUUAUUACUAAUGCUUCAAUGGAUCUAUUUUUACUGCCUGGUUUUUAAUACAUUCGUUACAUAUUCUUAGUGUUCGCCUCUGAAGUUUGGUUUUUUCAGCAAUUCUGAAAGAAUGUUACCACAAAUUUUAGUGAAAAAGCUAAUCUCAGAGGUAUUUGUUGUGUGUUUUUUUUUUGAAAAAUCUCCCGAGGAGAAUUGAUAUUUUUACAUUGAUCUUUUUAUAUUGAAAGUUUAUUAUAUACGGUAAUAAUUAAAUUGAAGAAACUGUGUUUUUA